AUGAAGAAUCUGACAAAUGGAAUUGUUUCGUGCAGCAACAAGCUCAAGUCAUCCAAAUAAAAGAUCCCCUGCUCUAAAAUGACGCAACCUUAAGGAUCAAAAAGGAAUACACACACAGACAUGUCGCUGAAGCGGUGUCGCCGGUACAGCGAGCGUUUCGAACUUCACCCCAAAGAGAAGAGCAACUACGGCACCAUCACCGACCACGACAAGCAGAGCAUACUUCCGGAGGAUGAAGAUUCUGACAGUGGCAAAUACCAGAUGACAGACGUCGGAUCUUCUACAGGCCAGUACCUAGCCGCGCCUCGCCACGACCCCUCCACGUACUUCCGGGACGCCAGGCGCAAGAUAGACUUCGUCAUGGUGUACGAGGAGACGAUGGUAGCGGGGAGUGCGCAGAGUCGUCGGGCGUCUGUAAUGACUCCUCCUCCAGCACACCUCCUGGACAAGAAACUGUUGAAGCAUGAAAACUGGAGGCACAGAUUCAUGAGCAAUCUGCGGAAAGCUGGCUUGGAUAUGGAGGAGGAUGUAGUAGAAAGUCAGAAUCGCAAACUAGUGUACUUCAUCAAAGUGCACGCCACUUGGCCGGUGCUCUGUCACUACGCCGAGGAACUGAAUAUGAGGGCCCCUCUACAGUCCCAUAUUAUGGUGAAGGCACAUCCCAACCCUUCCGUUAACUGGUCUGAGAUUGCACUGAAAGCCUUGAAGUUGCCAAACAUCAUGUACGAAGAUGUUCCGUGCAAGCCCUUGGAUUUUUACACCUGUCCAUUUAGGAAAUCAAAGAUUGACAGGUUUCUUGGCAGUGAGAAUAGGGAUACUUUCUUCAGCAACGUACAACGAAGUAGAAUAGUUUAUGAAAUUCUAUCAACUGCAAUUUUCGGAAAAAAGAAGAAAGGUGAAGUUGGAAUUGAUAGACUGGUGGAUGAAGGUGUCUUUUCUUCAGCAUUUCCUCUACAUGAUGGACCCUACGAAUGUAAGACUUCCAAAGGUGCCGAGGUACCUCUCAAUCCUCGCCAAGUGCUUUACGAAUACUGGGCUCGCUGGGGCAAAUGGUACAAGUACCAACCUUUGGACCACAUCAGGGAAUACUUCGGCGAGAAGAUUGCUAUCUACUUUGCUUGGCUAGGUUUCUAUACAGGAUGGCUGCUACCAGCAGCUCUAGUAGGGGUCGUGGUGUUCAUGUACGGAGUGUUCACCAUGCACAAUAACAGACUGGCUGUAGAGGUGUGCAACAGUCGAGGUAGCUACAAGAUGUGUCCGUUAUGUGAUGAGACGAUCGGCUGCAAGUACUGGGACCUGAGCGAUGUUUGUGACGACGCAAAGAUUGCUUACCUCUUUGACCACCCUGGCACUGUGUUCUACGCUGUCUUCGUCUCAUUUUGGGCUGUGACCUUCCUGGAGUACUGGAAGAGAAAGUCUGCGUCUCUAGCUCAUCACUGGGACUGUAUGGGGUUCAAGGAUGAGGAGGAGCGUCCCAGACCAGAGUUUGCUGCUCGGGCGCCGUUCUACGAGAGGAACCCAGUGACAGGCAUCCCUGAACCAAGCUUUCCCAAGUCCCUCCGCACCAAGAGGGUGGCCGCUGGGAUCGGCAUCGUCUUCCUAAUGAUUUCACUAGUUAUUAUAUUUAUAAUUGCUGUAAUCAUCUACAGAGUUUUAAUAUCGAUACCGCUGUUCCAAAACGUCACGUUUCGCUCACAAGCGCAGAGCAUUGCGAAUGUGUCCGGCGCAGUGGUCAACUUAGUGAUUAUCAUGUUAAUGAGUAGGAUGUACGAGAAUCUGGCCUACCGCCUUACAUCUUGGGAAAUGCAUCGAACACAGACGGAGUUUGAUGACAAUCUGACAUUCAAAGUCUUCAUCUUCCAGUUUGUCAAUUAUUACUCUUCAAUAUUUUACAUUGCCUUCUUCAAAGGACGCUUUGUAGGUUAUCCUGGAAAUUACACUCUCAUACUCAGUUUGAGAAAUGAAGAUUGUAGCGCUGGGGGAUGUCUUAUAGAGUUGGCUCAACAACUGGCUGUCAUUAUGAUAGGAAAACAAAUAAUUAACAAUGCUCAAGAAAUCUUACUGCCGAAAGCAAAGGCCUGGUGGCAAAGCAAAAGGGUGAAACUAUCAAAAAAACACACAAAAACGAGAUGGGAAGAGGAUUACCAACUUGUAGACAACGAGGGACUUUUUGAGGAAUACUUAGAAAUGGUUUUACAAUUUGGAUUCAUCACGAUUUUCGUAGCAGCUUUCCCCCUGGCUCCGUUAUUUGCACUGCUAAACAAUUGGGUGGAAAUCAGACUAGACGCACAAAAAUUUGUUUGUGAAAACCGAAGGAUCGUUGCCGAGAGAGCUGAGAAUAUUGGAAUAUGGUUCAAAAUCCUGCAUAUGCUUGCGCACCUAGCCGUUAUAAGUAAUGGGUUCCUAAUAGCCUUCACGUCAGAAUUCCUCCCCAAGCUGCUGUACCAGUAUGACUACAACUGGGACUUGACGGGGUACAUAAACUUCACCCUCGCCUACUCUCCCAAUGGCACACUGUCACAACAAUGCCGCUACCGGGGCUUGAGGGACGAGAACGGAAAACACACACCGUUCUUCUGGAAACUGCUUGCGGUGCAGUUCGCAUUUGUCAUAAUUUUCGAGCACGUUGUGUUCGGCAUUUGUCGUUUAAUCGACAUACUCGUACCAGACAUACCAGAGAGUCUGGAAUUAAAAAUCAAACGAGAACGGUAUCUCGCCAAACAAGCACUGCAGGAUUCGGAGUCGAUUAUGAAGGUGAUUUCAUACUUGCCAGCUCAUUUUGUAGCAGCUGGAGUUGAAGAGACUCUAGACAUUUCGAGAAAAAUGGUUUUAGACUUGACUGCGGAGUUGGGUGGAGAGAUUUCCCCAGCUCCGUUGGCGUUGCCGAUACAACUUCCAAUACCGGAGAAGAUACCGGUGUCUCAGCUACCGUCGCCGGCUGGGUCCGAGCCCCCCGUGGUCCCCAUACAGCUGCCUCCCACGGCUCUGACGCCUCAUAGACUGCCUCGACGGUCCAUGACGUCCCUCAACAUCCAUCAACCCCCCUCUAGGUCUAUAGCCAGACCUCGACCUAAGAGUCAAACAUCUUGACAAGACUCGACUCUGUAAUCUCACAGAUUGAAUCUCACAAAGCCAUUUUGUAACUACCAAGUGAUUUAUCACAUUUUUAGGAGACACAUUUUGAUAUUAAAAUUCUUUAACAAGGUUGUAGGUUUUAGAAAAUGAAAUAAAUCUAACAGCUUAUAGAAAAAUCAAUUCUACAAACUCACAACCCUAAGUUAGCAUAACAACAGGGUAUGCAGAAACUAAAACAGAAACUGUAUCGACCACAAACAUUCAGCUUUUGUCAUCUGCAAUAUUUUAGAAUCCAUCGAAGAACGCAUUUAUUUAUGUGAAAAAGGGUCACCUAAAAAGUAUGAAUUACUAAGUAGUUACAAGAUGGUCUUACCUGCUGAUAUACUUUUAAUAGCAAUUCUGAAGGAAACCAAUUUCAGAAUAUGUCUAUAAGACCACGAUUGUGGUAAUUAUCUGUGAUAUUUCUAUUUUAGUGCAUUCCAUUAGUCAUGCUAGGGAGGAUAGCAGGUUGUUUUGUUGAUAGUGCGAUACUGUAAUUAAUAGAAUAUGUGUUCAAAGGUUAACAGUUAAAGCAAUAAUGUAAAAAGAAUAGUUUUACCCAUUUGCUGCUGAUUAGUAAGUUACUUAUUUUUGAAUUCUUAAUGCUUACACUUAUGUUAAGCAUGGUUCGAUUGAGGAUAAAGGUGGGUUUUCCUAUCUACUGAAUAUGGCUGCUGAAUACGGCUGAGGAAUUAUGCAAGUUGUCCGAGUGUUUUAGUGCUACGUUUUUCAGGGUAAACAGUUGUGUGAAGAGUCAGGACCAAAAACGUAAAUGAAUUCGGCAGCCAAAUUCUGCGGGUACAAAAAUCCGCUAAGUAGUUUACAAUAGGAGUAACAGAAAUUACAAAACUUAUGCUGUAAAAUUGCCUUUAAUCACUUCAAUUGAAUUGAAUUAAAUAAGCCACUUCCAAAUGAUAUACUUAAUCUUUCCCUUUUCAUGACUUUGAUUUAAGGAGAUCCACAAUUAGGAAAUAGUUUUAUACUUUAGAACAUCAAUUUUGUACAAAAUGAUGAUAAAAUAAUCACAAUUUUUAACAUAUCCCAGUAGAUGGUUUAUGUAAGUUUUAUGUUAGGAAAAAAAAAGAACUUAGAUUUAGCGUAAAAGAUACAUAUAAAAAAUUGUAUGAUAAUUUUUUACAUUUUUUUACAAAAGGUACUUGUAAGAUUAGUUUAACCUAUGAUAAAUACAAUAAUGUUUACAUUUUCAGUGCUGAGGGUUGUAAUAAAUUGUGUGAAUGUUAUUUUUCAGUACAAGAUUAAAAAUUAAUAUUCGUUUAAGCAAUUUAGCAAUUUUUCUUAUUGAAUAUAAAACUAUUUGAAGGUUACGAUUACAUAUAUAAAGAAGGUCUGUGUUAUCAUUGAUUUAUAUUCAUAAGGUUUCAUAUAUUUCUUUAUUUUUAUGGAUUUUGUAACUAAACAAUUAUUUAUGUCUACUAAUUGAGUCCCCAGUUUCAUACAAUGGCAGGGGUUUCUUGCUUGUGUUAAUGACAUGCAAAUUUUAACCAGUACCGUAGUUGAUAUUGAAUGUGAUGGAUUGGUAAUGUACUAAGAAAACAAAGUUGAUGAUGACGUAUAUCUUUCCAUUGUAAAACUAUAAACAUGCCUUCAAAGAAGUACUAUGGCUACUCAAAACAUGAUCUAAGUAAAGUCGCCAACAUUUAUACUAACGAAAGAGUUACAUUAACUUAGUUGUUUAAGUUUUGAAUUACCUAUUAAGGUGUGUGUAUUUUUUUCACUUACCUAAUCAGUUAUGGCAUUGUUUGUUAUGUUUUGAAACUAAAAGUUGAUAUUUGAUUAUACAAUAGUAAUUAAAAUGUUUGUUUGUUAAUAUUCUACUUUUAGCAAAGAUUAUGCCUGACUUG